AUGGAUAGUGUCCGGUCUGGACCUAACAGUCAGAUUUUCCGGCCUGAUAACUUAGUCUUCGGGCAGUCUGGAGCAGAUAAUGACCCCAUUGGUGAUUUUGUCGGGUCUAUUGUAAGAGAUCGCCGUCGAACUCAGCCCUGCGUCGCCGUCGAACCCAAGCGUUGCUCAGCCCUGCGUCGCUGUCUUCGCCGGUGUGUGGUGUUCUCGCCUCAUCUCCCCCAUCCCGUUCAAUUCUCGCGCGGCCUGUCACUGAAAGAUAUAUUCUUGGUCGGCCGGGGGUUCAGCAUCUCCCCGUCGCGUCGUGGUUCCGGUGGUUGCUCGGCGUCGUGGUUCCGGUGGUUUCGAAUUCUUCAUGGGAAUCAUCUGAUUGGGAUUAUUUUGAAAGAAAUUGGCUUAUUGAAUAACAUUACGGCAAUGGAUGUUGGGGCAAAACAGUUUUCUGGGUCGAUACCUCAUGAAAUAGGGAACUUGAGUAGCAUCAAGAAGAUGAACCUACAGUCCAAUGUGUUGACCGGAAUGCUACCUCAUGAGCUUGGCAAUUCGAAAUCUCUUCAGGAGCUUCAUCUGGACAGAAAUAAGCUCCAAGUAAAUGUAAUUGGUCUUGCCAAUGCGAAUUCUGAAUCCAAUAUGCAUGGAAUGUUUGCAUCAAAUGGGAAUGUAAUAGGUCUUUGUAGCUUGCCUCAGCUAAUGGUUGUUGAUUUGUCAUACAACUUCUUUGGUGGCAUAGUCCCGAAAUGCUUGCUACAUCUGCCAAGUGCAAACUUUCAUGGUAACUGUCUUGAUGAAAAGAGUUCAAAACAGCGUUCUGACGCACAAUGUGGAGCUGCAAUAUCUGCCAAAGGCCAUCCAAAUCCUAGUGCCAACACAAAGGGCAAGUUUAGAGAAAGUGAAACCAAGCACCAGAAAUCAAGACCUACUUGGCUUUUAGCUUUAGAAAUUGUAACUGGGACCAUGGUUGGUACUCUCUUAAUCACUGCCCUGAUAACUACUUACAAAAGAUUCAACAAUAAAUCAUCUAUGAUUAUCCCUUGGAAGAAAUCUGGAAGUGACAAAGAACGCUUGGCAGUAUAUAUUGUGGCUUGUGAAGACUUUAACAACAUUGAAGGUGGAUCUGAGAUUGCUGUGAUAUCCUUUUGCAUCAAAGAAGAGCAGUGGACUGGCUAUCACGAGCUUUAUUUCCAGAGAGAGGUGGCAGAUUUAGCAAGACUAAAUCAUGAUAAUGCUGGUAAGCUCUUAGGGUAUUGCCGAGAGAGUCCUCCAUUCACAAGAAUGCUUGUUUUUGAAUAUGCAUGUAACGGAACUUUAUAUGAGCACCUGCAUUUCAUGUUUGCUGAUGGAGAAGGCUGCCAGCUGUCUUGGACACGGCGUAUGAAAAUCAUAAUUGGUAUCGCUCGUGGAUUGAGAGAUCUUCAUACGGAACUCAACCCUCCAUUUACUAUAUCCGAGCUGAAUUCUAGUGCUGUAUAUCUUACUGAAGACUUUUCACCCAAGGUCUACACUCCGAGGAUUGCGCCUUAUGCGAGGAAUUUGAUGUGGUUCGUGAGCAAUGGGCUAAGUUUUUUACCAACAAGUAUUUAUUAUUGGCUUUAGCGCGCUUGAUCGAGUUGGUUUAGUUGUUAUAGAAUAAAUUUUAUAUUAAAAUGUAUGUUUAUGUUGAAAUUGGAACAUAUAUUUAAAUGUAAUAUGUGCACUUUGGUUUUGGGAUAUAUAGUAUACAAAACUCCAGUUGUUGUUUUUAUAA